AUGAAUACAAGGAAAUUACAAGGUGAAAUCGAUAAAACAUUAAAAAAAGCAGCAGAUGGCAUUAUAGAGUUUGAUUCUAUAUUGAAGAAAGUUUAUUCAGCUAUUAGCACCAACCAGAAAGAGAAAUAUGAAAGCGAUUUAAAGAAAGAAAUUAAAAAACUUCAAAGAUAUAGAGAUCAAAUUAAAGUUUGGAUAGCUUCGAAUGAUGUUAAAAAUAAAUCCGCAUUACUAGAUUCUAGAAAAUCUAUAGAAGAAAAAAUGGAUGAUUUCUUUGAAAGAGAUGCAAGAGGUAAAGGUUAUUCAAAAGAUAAUUUAGAUGCAGCUACAAAGAACGAAUUGGCAAAAGAUCAUGUACGUGAUUGGGGUAAUAAAGCAAUAUCGACACUUAAAUCACAAAUGGAAUCAUUUGAUAGCGAAUUAGAAUCGAUACCAGUUAGAAAAAGAAAAACUGAAUCAACACGUGUCGAAGCAUUACAAAAGUAUACCACAUAUCAUAGAUAUCACUUACGUGCUCUAGAAUUUUUAGUGAGAGCGAUGGAUGAGGAUCGUAUAUCCCCAGAUGACAUUGAAAAAAUUAAAGAUUCAGUCGAAUGCUAUAUAGACUCAUACGAACAAGAAGAUACCUUUGAAGAACCAGAAGAAGUUUAUUCAAAUUUUAAUCUCAAACAAACUGAAAUGGGUGACGAAGAUUAUGAAUUCUCUUUAGAUGAAGAUUCUGAUGAUGAGGAAGAAGAGGGUUAUUCUGAUACAUCUGAUAAUGAUAAUGAUAUUGACGAUGAAACAAAUAAACAAGACUCUGAUAACGAAAAUGCAUCAACAACAAGCACAGCAUCAUCAACUGCAACCUCAUCCGCUACCGCAACCCCAUCUUCUACUACAACACCCGCAACUACCCCAUCUUCAACUACCGUUCCUUCAACUAAAUCACCAACAUUAAAUUCACAACAAAGAGUAGGAUCACCAGCCCCAAAUCAACCACCACAACAACCACAAAACAAAACCUUGACCCAAUCACCAACUUUUUCAUCUGUAACUAAAUCAAAUAUUAAAAAUGAUCCUAAUACCAAUAAGCAACCACAACCACAACCACAACCACAAUCACAAUCACAACCACAACCACAACCACAACCACAACCACAAUCGCAACCACAAUCGCAACCACAACCACAAUCACAACCACAAACAAACGCACAAUCACAAUUCCCAUCAUCAAUUGGAAAUGUACCAAUGGCACAAAGAUUGAUGCAACAUCAACAAGCUCAACAACAGGCCGCCGCUGCAGCCCAACAAGCAGCCCAACAACAAGCCGUUAAUAAAAAUAAACAAUUUAACGAUGUCAAUGAUGUUCAAGAUCAAUUAUCUCAAUUAAAUAUUAAUAAACAAAUAGUACAACCACCAACCUCAGUACAAGAUUUGGAUGAUAGUAAAAAUAACGAAACCUUUGAUAAUUCUUCAAAUAUUUAUCCGGGCUCAUUAGCCGAAUUAUCAUCUGCUACAUUAUCGAGAAUUAAUGAGGGUAACUAUACUCAACAACAACAAGUUCAACAACAACAACAACAAGCCCAACAACAAUAUCUUUAUCAACAACAAUACCAACAACAACAACAACAACAAUUGUCACCUCUUCAACAACAACAGGCUCAACAACAACAAUAUCAACAACAAAAUCAACAAGCUCAGCAACAAUAUCAACAACAAAUGCCACAUCAAGCAUAUCCACAACAUCCAUCAAUGUCACCACCACAACCAUCUCUUGUAUCGGGUCAACUAGGAUUUGAGGAUGCAAUGAUGUUAACCAAACAUAUGAUGGAUGUUAGUUUAAAUAAUAUACCAGAAAUUAAUGAUUAUGAACGUGUUUCAACUUAUAUACCACGCAAUCCAAAACCAGUACCACCAUAUUAUCCACAAACACCACUUGCAAUUUUUGACUCUUCAAAUGUAUUUGAAAAAUUCGAUAUCGAUACAUUAUUUUUCAUAUUUUACUUUAAACAAGGCUCAUACCAACAAUAUCAAGCUGCCAAAGAACUCAAAAAACAAGGUUGGAGAUACCACAAGAAAUAUUUAACUUGGUUUAGAAGACAUGAAGAACCAAAAGAAAUUACAAAUGAAUAUGAACAAGGUACAUAUGUUUAUUUCGAUUAUGAAACUGGUUGGUGUUUUGGUGCUAAUAGUGAUAACAUACCAGAUUUCAUUAAAUCAUCAUUUAUAAAUAGUAGUUUGGAUAACGCAACCCAAUGGAUUUGGUCAAAUGAAGAAACUACAGACUCUAGAGUAAAUCAUUUAUUUAAUAUUUGUGAUGAGCAAAUGAAUAAUCUUUACGAAUGUGAGAUGAAAUUUGGUAAUAAUAAUCCAAUUUGCGAACCAAAAUUCAAUUCUUACAAUAAAUGUGUAUCAAAAGAGAUUUGUCCAAAACAAUUUUAUCUAAGUCAGAUUUUUUGUUUUGGUAAUACCGAUUUAGAUAAUGGCAAAAUUAAAAUCCCAGAAUCAGCUUUAAAUGAAAUUAAUGAAAAAGAUAAAAAUGAUUUAUGCAAACAAUUUUCAAAAGAAUUAACAUCAUGUGUAAAUCAAUCACUUUCAAAAAUCUGGUCACCCUAA